AACACAGUUAUCAUCGCAGGUUAGAGUGAUAGGCCACACCCCCAAAACAGCAGGGAAAAAGGGAGUCGGUUGUACUCGUCCUGUCAUUCGAGCAGGAUGUUCAGGUACACGGUGUCUGUCGCCACUGGUGGGCAGGAGUUUGCUGAGACAGUAAAUGACAUUUACCUGACGCUGGUGGGCACGGAGAAAUGCAGUGAUAGAACUCUACUGGACAGAUCUGUUGUUGACCAUUUAACAAGAGGAUCGGUGGUAUCUGUUGACAUCAAAGCGAAGGAGCUCCUUGGAGACAUUGUGCUGGUAAAACUGGAGAAGGGGAAGAUCUUGAUAGAUGAUCACUGGUACUGCAGAAGCAUCAGUGUGACGACCCCCUCUGGAGACUGCUUUGAGUUUCCUUGUUAUCGCUGGGUGUCCAUUGAAAAGAAUGUGAUUCUUCGAGAUGACAAAGAUCAAUUGCCUCAAGAUGAUAAUCUGAAAGAGUACAGGCGAAUGGAACUGGAAUCCAGACAACUGCUGUUCAGGUGGAAGGAGUGGCGUUCUGGUUUCCCCAUGAGCAUAGAUUUUAAUUCAAGCUCUGAACUUCCUCUGGACAUUCAGUUUGAAGCUGCAAAAUCUGUGGACUUCUCUUUAAAUUACACUAGAGCGGUUAGGAAUCUUGGUCUUAAUAAAUUUAUGAACUUGUUCCAGUCUUCUUGGAAAGAUUUUGCAGACUUUGAAAAAAUAUUUGUGAAAAUCCAAAAUAAAGUGUCAGAACACGUGAUGCAGAACUGGAAUAAAGACUACUUUUUUGGCUAUCAGUUCUUGAAUGGCUGCAAUCCUGUGAUGAUCAAGAAGUGCAUGAAACUUCCAGACAAGUUUGCAGUCACUCAUGAGAUGGUGAAGGUCUCCCUGGAUAGAGGUCUCACACUGCAAGAGGAAUUAAAGGGAGGAAACAUCUACAUAGCAGACUAUGCAAUACUGGAGGGGGUUCAAGCCAAUGCCACAGACCCAGAUACCAAGCAGUAUUUGGCUGCUCCCUUCUGCCUGCUGUACAAGAACAGCCAGAAUGAAAUCGUACCAAUUGCUAUCCAGCUCAGUCGUCAGACCACCUCGGGAGCGGGAAACACAGUCUUUCUCCCCAGUGAUAAUGAGUAUGACUGGAUGCUAGCCAAGAUGUGGGUGAAAUCUGCUGACUUCAGUAUACACCAGCUGGCCACACACCUUCUCAGGACACAUCUGAUAUCUGAGGUCUUUGCCAUAGCCAUGUACAGACAGCUCGCUGCAGUCCACCCCAUAUACAAGUUGCUAAUACCUCAUGUCCGUUACACCAUUGCCAUCAACACUGCAGCUCGUGAAAAACUCAUCUGUAAAUCUGGGCUCUUUGAUAAGGCUAAUGGCACCGGUGGAAUUGGAAUUAUUGAAGUGAUUCAAAAGGCCAUGAAGACUUUAACCUACAAGUCUCUGUGCUUCCCUGAGGCCAUGAAAGCUCGAGGAGUGGACAACAAGGAAGAUCUACCCAACUAUUACUACAGAGAUGAUGGCAUGUUGGUUUGGGAGGCAAUCAAAAGUUUUGUUUCUGAUGUGGUCAGGAUCUACUACAGCAGUGAUAUGGCAGUUCAGGAGGAUGAGGAAAUCCAGGCAUUUGUUCAAGAUGUUUGUUUCUCUGGUAUGAAGAACAGUCCUAAGGAUUGUGUGUUCCCUAAUUCUCUGAAAACUCGGGAGCAGUUGGUUGAGUACUUGACUGUUGUGAUCUUCACAGCUUCAGCUCAACAUGCUGCUGUCAACUUUGGACAGUAUGACUGGUUUGCCUGGGUCCCCAACUGUCCAUCCACCAUGAGGAAGCCUCCUCCCACACAGAAAGGCCAGGUGGAUAUGAAGUACAUCAUGGAGAGUCUGCCGGACCGCACACGUUCCAGUUGGCAUCUAGGAGCAGUUUGGGCCCUCAGUCAGUUCCAGGAUGAAGAGGUGCUUUUAGGAGUGUAUCCAAAUAAGCACUUCACUGAAAAAUCAGUCACAGAAGCCACUAAGACUUUCCGCAAGAAAUUAGUUGAAGUGACCAACAUCAUCAAGAGGCGAAAUGAAAAAUUGAAAGUGCCCUACUGGUAUCUGUCUCCAGACAGAAUCCCUAACAGUGUGGCCAUCUGAGAGAGCUUCUGUGGUAAACAUUUCCACACCACAUUUGAUUUUAACUAUAUGCUUAGAAAAGCCUGACAGACACAGUUUUAUCUGGGCUAUUCGGAUUCAUAUCACAACAUACCUCAAUAUUGCUAAAGUAACUGUAAGGAUUUUUUGUGAAAAUGGUAAUCAGUCAGCAUUCAAAGUAAUUGAAAUGCGAUUUCUCAUCAGCAACAUGUGUGUUAAUGUGUUACUUCAAGAGUACAAACAUCUGUGUUGUGUUGUUUUUUAAUAAUUCAUUUAAUUAAUCAUUUAAUUAUAGUCAUCAUUUUUUAUUAAUCCAGGUCCAAUUCUGGCUAUUAACAAACCAUUCACAUUUGCCACAAUAAAAUAUAUUUUUCCCUGCCAAUUAAUAGUCAUUAAUCAAUUAAUAGUGUCAUUGUAUUACAUUAUUUAUCAUUCAUUUAUUUUAUUUAAUGUCUUUAUAUUAUAUAUAACUUACAUAAUUUGUAUUUUGUUUAAUCUUAUUAUAGUGGGGUUUUAUAACACUUUAUGGAUUUUUACUGAUUAAAUUAAGAUUUGAAACUAAGAUUAUUCAAUAAACCAACCAUUUUAAAAAUCAACUUUUCACCUUUCUGCUUGUAGCUUUUUUGGUUAAAUUUCUCAGGCUCAUAGAAGACCAAUAAUAAACCUUUUGGUUACAAAACAAGAUUUGCUGUUGAUAACCAUUUACUGUGUUUAAUAGUGGGACAUGAUUGACCAGACAAACAAUUUGAUUGAGAUUAAUGUUUAAAAGUUUAAUGCAAAACUCCCUCUUAAAGAUGAUGGCAUUGAUCAUACAUUGAGUUGUAAGAUUUGAAUCCAUCCUUUAUCUCAUUCUUGCAGCCUUCUCAGCCAAUCAUUCAAAUCACUGAAUAUGUAUCAAAUUUGCUAUAUGCAACUGUUUGUGAUAAAAAUCAAAAAACAUUUUGUGUGAUAUUUAAAGAGACUCAGACAAUACUGAUGAGCUUCAGGGGAUUGUACAAUUAAAUAAAGCAAAGCAAAUGAUGGUUAGUGCGUCUAUGUAGAACAUUUAAUUAUGUAGCCGCUUUUUGGGCGCUUUGACAUUUUCAAAUGAGACAUGAGACUCUGAAUCUAUUGCGUGCUGUUCCUGUGACCAGUGAGCUGGCAUUGGGCCAAGAAGAUGUUUGAAAUAAUGUCUGGAAAGCAGUAAUUGGUGGACUUCAAAACUGAAAUAUUAAACAGAAUGAUAAAAUAACAUUAACUAGUUAAUUUCAAAUAAUCGUUUCUAUUUCAAACUUUUCUCGUACAAACAUUGACCAACUAUUGCCUUUAUGUUGGCUAAAUUCAAAGCUGUACAGGGAUAGCCAUUAUAAAGUUAAAUUUAGUAGCAGAGCUACUUCAAGUGUUUUUAGCGCUGGAAACCAUUUAUCCUUUGCUGCUUUAUCCCACACUUGUGUGUCUUCACGGUACACUCAGCUCGUGGUUGCUUAGCAUGGAUCAAUGAUUAUAUAUUUAACAGUAUCAAUGCAUCAAAAAUAUUAAUUUGCAAGGCAAAACAAGAAACUCAUGUAGUUUGUGCAUAAAAGUUUUAUUAAUAAAACACAAGCAUAAACAGAGUGCAAAGAAGGCUUGAUGGUAAACUGUCAGAAAAAGCAGAGAAUGAAGCUAUGGCAAGUUAGUUCACCACCUGUAAAUCAUCAGUGCUGUAUAUAACUGAAGCCAUAAUUAAUAUUAAAAUGUUUUGUUGUUAUAUGUAUGAUACUUGCACCCUCAUUGGUGAGGGUUCAGAUGCAGUCUCGAAUGGAAGUUUUGAUGGUUUCCAAGGUUUUUGGAACUCACACUCUUCCGGUUUGAAGAGUGAUGUCCAAAGAUGUCCUGAUUCAUGAUGAUUGAGAGUUUCUUUCCUGGCAGAAGUUGAAAAGAGCUAAUAGGAAUAUCUGCUGAGAUCUGAGAAUAUUUGGUUAAAUGGAAAGUCAAGGCCGCAAGGUCUGGCUUCAAACUUAAGGGUCGCAGAGGUGCUCAAAUUCUCAUCAUCUCACUGUCCCACAGGACGGCAGCUGGGGUGCUGGUUUAAGAGGAUGAGAAGUGUUGAGACUUGAAGGAGCCUAAAGGUAGAAGACUACUGAGGCAGGGCAUUAGAGCAAGGCUUUUUGAGGUCUGUGAAGGUUGCACCUCUUGAGAGUCAAUUGUGACCUUAGAUGGAAUUUUUGUCUAGGAAUUUAAAAGGAGUAACAUUGAGAUGACCAAAGAAGAAGCUUCAGGUAGAAGUGGCAAGAGAAG